AUGGCGGCACGCGAACGUAAAUAUGCCGGGCUCCCGGACAUGGACGAUGCCCCUGAUAUAUACGAGACACCAGAACUGACUGAUGAUGUCUCCACGGUCCCAACGACUACAGCGCACACUCAAUCGGACGACGAGUUUUUCGACGUCGAGGACGAUACCCAACCGAUCUCGCGGUCACGGCUCCGCAUCAACGAAGCUCGUUCCAGAUUUAUGCCCGCAAAUGUCGAUGCCAACGGGGUCGAUUUCUCAGAUCGCGUUGAUGGGAAGCGGAAAUCUUACAAGGCGUCAAGUCGCCGACAGCGAAUCUUACAGGACGGCACGGAAGAGCUGGGUGAUUUAUCAGAUGACGACGACGACGAGAGUCUUGAGAGGAGGAUCGCCCGCCUAAAGCGAGAGGUGGAGGAAGCCAAAGACGAAUAUUCCAGAAAGAAAGCUACGGCUUCAUCUACGGAAGCGGGAGACUCGGGCGCGGCGACGGAGCGUCUGGACAACUUGAGCCAGGUUCUGCUCCAAAUAUCCCAGCCUCUGGGGGUCGCAACUACUCUCCGGCCGACCCAGCGCGCCCCGGAACCUGCUCAGACGGACGAUGCUGAUACCGAGCUGUCAGGAGAACAAGGCGCCACCUACACGAUAACCUACGCCCCGUCGUACGAGCAAACCCACGCCUUGGCCAAGGCGGCCGAUUUCGACGGCCGAUUACUAUUACUGGAGAAGGGUCUCGGUAUCAGCUCCGCAUCCAUCCCUGAAGCAAGCUCCGAAGGCAUACCCCGAGCCGUCCUGCCUACCCUCGACUCCCUGGACAAGCAGAUCACAACGCUCUCACAGGCAACGACCGCCAACCUGGAUGCGAUCAGCCGGAGGGUGCGCACCCUCGCCCUGGAGCAGGACAAGCUCAACGAAUCGCGGGAGAAGGCCAAGACGCUGAGGGAGGAGCUGGGGAAGCACGCCUCGACCCCCGGGGAGGAGGAUUCCGAGCAGGACGCCAAGAUCAACGCCCUGUACGCGAUCCUGCCCACGAUUGAAAACCUCGCGCCAAUCCUCCCGCCUCUCCUAGACCGCCUGCGGUCCCUGAAAGCGAUCCACGCCGAUGCGGCCACUGCCAGCGAAACGCUCGACCGGAUCCAGAAAGACCAAGCCGACAUGGCGGCCGAGUUGAAGCAGUGGAGAAGCGGUAUUGAGAAGAUGGAAAGCACAAUGGGGAAGGGGGAUGAAACCGUCAAAAGCAACAUGAAGCACCCUAUUAUCAUGGCCGCUGCUGCUCCGGACACCGGCGUCGAAUACUUUGACAUUCUGUAUUUCGCCGGCGCGAGCUCGAUUACUGGGAAGGAGAGCGAACAGCUACACGCUCCGCUACCACUGGGACUGCUGUUUGCGCAGCUGGAAUCAAAGUACCCAGGGAUCAAGACGCAGAUCCUUGAUUCCUGUCUCGUGACGGUCAACCUUGAUUAUAUAGACGUGCCAGCUGAGAUGGCUGCCGAGGGCUUGGUGAUCCAGCCCGGCGAUGAGGUUGCGAUAAUCCCCCCUGUUAGCUCAGGCUGA